CUCGAGCCCCCGCGGCAUCCCGCGGGAGGGCAGGGCGCGGGCCAGCGCGCUCGCUGCUGCCCAGGCUGCCCCCCGAUGGCGGCCAGAUAGGGCAGCGCCCGCCCGAGGCGCCGCCGGCCGCCCUGGCGCGGCGCCUGCGCCUCCGGCGGGCCCCAAUGUCGAGCGCCGCACGAAGGGCGGCCGAGCCGCACCAGCGUGCGAAGCAGAGCGACGAGCUCCAAGAGGCGACAGAGAAGUGCAACGACGCGCUGGUCAACGUGCUGAAGCAGGCAUGUUCGCGGAAUCGUGCACUGGAGCGGAAGGCGCUGUGGGGCCAGAAGGAGAAGGAGGACCAUGGCAGCCGCUCCUCCCUGACGCUGAAGAGCAACCGCGGCGUGACCAAGACGGUGCACCUGGUGCCCAAGGGGGCAGAGGUCACGAAGACCAGCGUGAAUAAGUUCGAGGAGGAGCGCCAGAAGAUGGCCGAGGCCAAGGAGGACGCCCUGCUGAGCCGCUUCUGCGACGGCAAGGACAACGCCUGGCGCCCGGACAGCUUCUUCGUCGAGGCCUGCGGCGAUGGGAGCGGCGAGGCGAAGAGCAAGAAGAACAAGAAGGCAGAUGGUAAGACAAAAAAAGAGAAGAAGGGGAAGGACAAGAAGAGCAAGAAGAGCAAAAAGGACAAGAAGGGCAAGAAGGACAAGAAGGCCACGUCCAAAAAGAACAAGAAUAAGAAAAAGGACAGGAAGGAGAAGCAGGCCGGCCGCAAGGGCGGCGCCAAGCGGUCCAGGGGCUCGUCGGACGAGGACGCCUCGAGCGAGGCGGGCCCCGUGGAGGUCGGCUCCGACGACCGCCCGCAGGACGGGGCGCCAGGCCGCAGCCGCAGCUCGUCCUCGAGCUCCGCGGCCGGGAGCUGCUCCGCGGACUUCGGCGGCGCGCCGAGCAGCCCGGGCUGAGCGGCGCGGCGGUGUCGGACUGGCCUCGAGCCGGCGGAAGCCAGGGGCCGCCGUGGGGCGAGCGGGUCUUGAGAGGGACCCUUGACUCGGUGGCGGAAGCCGAUUCCUACCCUCGCCGAUCUUCGCGAAUGCCCUCCCUCGCAUUCUCCUGCUCGUUCGAUCCGCGCGCGCUCCUUCUCUCUCCGCUCGGCAUAGAAUUAGAGUAGCGCCGAGUGACGUCCUGCGCCGUACACAGGGUCAGCGGCGUAA